AAAAAAAAAAAAAGAAAAAGAAAAAGAAAAAAAAAAAGGAAAAGAAAAGAAAAGGGACACAAGAUAAAAAGAUGCUGUGAUGAGAGAGGUUUGUGAAGCAAUUUGUGAUCACUAUUAUUAUGAAUUUUGUCUCCAUUUUCCGACUCUACUCCAAAUGGUGGUCAUCCAAUAUCCGUUCCCUGCUUCAUCCCUCAUUCUGGAUCUAUCCAACGGCCCUUCCGUCUUCAUUUCUUCUUUUUCUUCUUUUUCUUUUCUUUUCCCCAUCCCAAUUUGCAGGGAAAGGAAAACGGAGACAGAUGGCUUUUCGCCACGGCCAAAACCCGUUCUGGCCAGAGAAAUCAGGCCGGUCCCCUGUGGUGGUACCCUUGCAAAAGCGUCGUUCCAUUGCUUUCCAAACUAAUGCUAAUGAACGGGACCCGUCCCAUUGACCCAGCCUCCAGGAUUUUGCUUUGGUCUGCGUCUAUUGCGGAGCCCUGGUCCCCACUUUGCGGUUAUCAUCCACCUCCGCUGCUACCAUUCCGUCUGCCUGUCAUUGCUCGAUGCAUUGCCGCUAUCAUCAACGGGCCCAAUGUACGGCGCUCAACGGAGUCCAUGGACGGUUUCUAACCGCACAGAAAUGAGGACCUGCCACC